GUCCUACUCCUUGGCUGGUGUGCCUCUUACAAUCUCACUCUAGAACCGAGGAGAUACAAUCCAGCCAGUGUGUAUGCUCCUCCAGCGAAGAAGAAAUCUCUGGACGACAAGAAGAAGAGUGUUGCUCGACCAGCUCAGCCUAGUGUACCAGUCAAAAGACCUGUGUCAGGGGCUCUGCUAGCAGUGAGGAAGGAGGCUGAGGAGAAGGAGAGACAGAGGAGGGAGCAGCUGGAGCAGCAGCAUGCGCUCCAGGCUGCACUGGCCCAGAGACAGAAAGCAGCAAGACAGCAGCAGGCAAGACAAGUGGCCCAGAACUGGCAGAAAGAUCUCUCGGGCGGGGACCUCCUGCCUCCCAGCGAUACCCCCGCUGGUGGGGACGGGGUUAAACAGGCAGGGUUCGACCCCGCUGGUAGGGAUGGGGUUAAAGACGGUGGAGGCGAAGGAGUCAAGCAGCAAGCAGAUAAAGACAGGAGGAGUGGACAAGAGGCAGCUGAGAGAGCCAGAGUCCUUGAGGAGUUCCACCAGCGAAGGAGAGCGGCCGCUGCUAACAAGAUGAGGGGUCAGGCCCAAUGGCUUCCUUCUUCUCCCUCCCUGUCCCCUCCUCACCCCAUGUCUCAAGUAGUGGCGGAGCAGGCUGGGCCGGGAGCUGCCGGCAGAGCCCCGAGGGCCAGGAACGCGGCCGAGGGAGAGUACCUGGCCAAACUCCAGGCAAUCCGGCGACAGAACUACCUGGAAAAGAAGAGGAUUCUGGGGAAGGCGUCAGUGGCGAGGGACGUGUCUCCCCAGCCUCUCUCGGCUCCUCGAGAGGACCCCACGACAGGGGGGAGGAAGAGGGAGGAGGAGGAGUUGGAGGCUCGCAGGAAGAAGAUUGCAGCUCUGAAGGCGCAGGCAGAUCAGCAGGCGGAGCACAUGAGGAAGAUGGUGGAGGAGAAGAAACGACAGAGACAGCUCGCUGCCGAGCAACAGCUCGCUCACGACGACGAGGGAGCUCCUCAGAUGUGGGCGGAGCCUUGUGGGAAGGAGGCGGGGCCUCGGCAAAAGUGGGUGGAGCCUCAGGAGCCUCUGCAGCUGGCCCAACAACCUGACGUCACUGCCACACUUGGAGAAGAAACCUCCUCGAUGAUUGUAUUUGAGCGGCCAUCUGCCCCUGUAAUCAAGGGUGUUAACGAGCCGGCGGUGCCAGUUAAACAGGGGGCGGAGCCUCGUCGUCAGUGGGGGGAAGGAGGGGGAACCCCCGUCAUUUCUCUUCUGAAGAACAGAGAGCUGGAAGCAGAGACAGGUGGAGGUACUAGUUCAGUGAACUCAGAAACUUGCGUGGUGUUCACCAAAUGGCCUGACAGCAAACAUCCCCUCGCAGCUGCUGCUGCUGCCACUUACAGAGUCCCCGCCCCCUAUUCUGAUGAUGUAGAUGCCCCAUCUGGGAAUGUGACUGUCCCGUCUGGUGAUGCACCUGUCCCAUCUGACGACGGUGCUAGUGUGUCUGAUGACAAGAUGAGUCAGACGCAGGAAAAGGGUGUGGUCACUAAAGAAGCCACACCCCUUACACCUGAACCUGUGGAACAUUCAGGGGGUGUGGUCAAAGAAGAAGCCAUGCCCAUUAAACAGAAGUCAGAGGAAGUGACAUCAUCUCCAGUGGGUGGGGCUCAAGUUGAGGCCACACCCACUCCAGAGCAACCUCGGACAGCGUGGGGGGAACCUAGUGGGGGGCCAGAAAUUCCCCCUGAGACUGCCCCCUCUCCGGCAGCACCACCGCAGCAAUCAGUGAGGGAAACCCUGACUGUUGAAGAUAUUGAAAUGAGUGACCCCCAGGAGCAGGGGUCAGGGGAACAAAAUUUAGACCCCCACCACUCUCCCCCUCCAGCCCACAGCACACCUGAGAAGAAGAAGAGCGAGGAGAAGGAAGAGGAAGAUGAGACGUGGGCUCAGCCGUCCUCCCCUGCCAGUUUCCACACUCCCUGCUCCAGACCUGCUGACAGCUCAUCAAGACUCUCUCUGUCUCUGAGAGAUGGAGAUUUCGACACCAGCAAACAUCUGCUGAGGACCUGCUCUCUCCCAAACCUCCACUCCUCCCAAUCUAUGGAGGAAUCGGGCAAUGAGCUGGAAGAAGAAGAAGAAGAAGAAGAGAAAGCUGGAAAUGAAGCAGAAGAGAACGUUGACUAUUGCGAAGAAGAUGAAGAGGAGAGGGUGGAGGAAGUGACUGAGACUGUGGGCGGAGAGAACGAACUGCCGCUAGAAGCCACACCCACUGGUGAUGAGGUUGAUGGUGAGGGUGUGGAGUGUGAAGGUGAGGAGAGGGACGGUGGAGGUGAAGAGGAGGAAGAUUUCUCUGAAAGUGAAGAAGAAGAUGAUGACUUGCAUCAGUUGGUCAAAACCUUGCAGAACUUUGUUCGAGAGUCAAAGACUCCGCCCUGCAGUCCAGCUCGAACUGCAGCCAGCGACUUUGAGCCUGUGACUCCACUCCACGAGAGCUGGGUUGACUCAGAUGAGGACGAUGAGGAGGGGAGAGAUGGUCCUGCCUCGUCAGGCAGUGUGUUCAGCCAGCUGGAGAGGACGAGGGUUGAGCUGGAGACUAAGGUUGGAAUGGAUUCUCUGCUACAGGCCUACCAACUCAUCCAGACCCUGCAGGACGAGGGUGAGGCAGACGAAGAGGGAGAGUUUCCAAUGGCUCAGCUAACUGCCAUUGUUGGAGCCCAGAAUGCUGACAUAUGCCCAGCUAUCAUCCACCUCACCCUUGCCGACUCCGCCUACUCACUUCUGGCUACGCCUACCUCCGAGGAGGCAAAAGACAUGGAGAGAGUGGAGGUAGAAGUUGAGGGGCCCAAUGUGUGUCUAGUGACGGACACGGUUCGAAGCAACGUAGUGUCCUACCACUACAGCCAGGGCUGUGACUGGGUCUUCAGUCACCACUACUAUCAGUGGAUCCGACAGUGCAAUUAUGUGUGCCAGCCAAGCGAUGUCUGUCUGGAGGAGACGCAAGUGUUCAACAGAUCAUACGAGGAGUGUUGUCCAGGGUUCCGAGCCCGCAGACGUACCUCCACCACCAGCAGCUACUACUCCAGGUCCCACUACAGGUACUACUCUGCCAUCAACUCCAGGCCUGAAGGCUGCCCCAUAGCUGAGGGUAACAGUCUCUUGGAGUGCCUCCGGAUACAAGGUCUUGACGAGUUCAUCAGCUAUAUCGAAAAUUCAGUGUACUUCACUCUCCUCAAUGAAACCAUGAAUACCCACAUCACCCUGUUUGCCCCGACAAACGAGGCCCUCGCCACAGCUCGAGUGAUAAGUGGCUUUCCUCUUCCAGACACCGAUGCCUUCAACAUCUCCCAGAAUGUGGGGAACCAUAUUGUCCCUGGCAAUGUCACCAUGGCCAGCCUGCGACAGCACGGCAGUAAGAUCUACGUCAACAUUGAGGGGAGGAACCUCCAUCGGACCUCGGUCUCCAUAACAGACUCCAGCUACGUCUCUCGCCCUGAGAACUCUUACCAGUACAAUCCCGCGCCUGGAACCUCAGCCUUUCAGACAGCUAUUCCAUUCAUCAAUGGAGCAGAGGUAGUAAUAGAGGAUGCUUGCCACACUGUCAAUGCCACUCUCCACAUCAUUGACAAGGUCCUCGUCCCAGCAGAGGGGACUAUUGCAGAGUUCCUCGAAAACACCCCACUUCGGUUCUCCAUGUUCAAAGACGCUCUGGAAACCGUGGGUAUUCUUCCUUUCCUCAACAACCCAAAUGUCUCCCGAACUGUGUUUGCCGUUGAAAAUGAUGCGUUCACUGAAGCCCUUCCCCCAGGCCUAAUGACGUGCAUCGGAAACUACAUGAGACCACCUUUCAACAACCUCAUGCAAUUCCACAUAGGCCAGGGCGCUUACUAUUCAUCCGUUCUGGCUCUCGAGAAUUUCUUUUACACUAACUUGGGCAAGUUUAUUCGAGUGCAGGUGGAUGAGGAAACGGGGGAGAUCCUGCUCGGACGCUGCAAAGUGGCAAUCAUUGAGGCCGACGUCGUAUCCGCCAGCAACGGAGUCCUGCACGUCAUUGAGACAUUUCUCUUCCCAGACAAUUUCGACUUCAUGAUGUGCUCCGGUUUUGUCCCCGAUCCUUCUCCAGCCGAGUGCCCUCCGGAGGAAUUCCCCUCUCCCUCCCCCACCAUGGACUUCCCUCCCGCCUCUUCCUCCUUUGACUCAGCAAUUUUCCCUACCCCUGGCAGCCAGUUCUUUUUCGGACGCUAGAAAGUUUUCACCCACACGCUCAAAAUCACACUCUACUACUACCAUACACUAUGUUUGUAUUGGUGGAUUAAGAAAAAUCAUUGAAUAAUUGAAAAGUUCCAUAAUUAUUAUGUCACAGAGCACAAGAAAAUAAUUUGUAUUCCAACAAUGAUGCCGUGUGAACAGCGAAAUAUAAAGACAGAGCUUUUUACAGGAUGUAGUAUGAUAUAAUUACUGAUAGAGUGCUGGGACUCUCUGUGGAUAUGUGAGGAAAAUUUGCUGCAAGUGAAGCAGCCACAAAAAAAGGUGCUAGUGAGAUGCGAGUUGAGAGAAUACGGUAUGUUCUUCCACGAAAUUCUUGAGGUAAAACAGUAAUGACAUUGGAAAAGGUGAGGCCUUGACGGCAUGGUGGGGCGGUGGAUUAGAGUAGUAAGAAGACUUGACUGAAACCAACAAAGAGAGAGAGAGGAGAGAGGGAGAGAGAGAGGAGAGAGAGAGAGGAGAGGGGGAGAGGGGCCAAAGCAAACGGCUACGGCUUCGAGUCACAAUUUGGAGAUCGAAAGGAAUGGCUAUAUACAACGGGAGGGUAUGAAGCGAGGGAAAGAGAGAGAGAGAGAGAGAGAGAUCAUAAGAGUUCACUUAGUGAAGAGAGCCUCUCAGCAGGGGUAAGAA